ACACACACACACACACACAAAAACACACUCACACACAAAACUAUAGAUAGGUAGGAGGUGUUAGAGACCAGAUAGAACUCCAAGCUACCAGACACCAUUUUGAGACCAGACCAGAUGAAGUAAAUUCACCUGAAUAAAUCCACACUUGAGCAGCCUUGUCACCACUUCCCAUGUUGCCAAGACUCUGAGGGGAGAGGAAGGCCUCGAACACAUUGGAUCGAUCCAUCAAUCCCUACAGCAAUGAACCAGGUCGACCAAAAAAAAGAUUUGGGAAUCGACCAUCGCAGUCAGGUCAACCAAGGGCUCCACGGAAAUAACGGUGAUAACCGUCUCCCCGACAACCAGAAUGUUCAGACCCUGAACGUGCUGCUAUUGGGUGAAGCACAGAGUGGGAGGAGCUCCGUGGGGAAUGCUCUCAUUGGAGGGACAGAGUUCCAGACAGGGUUGUCCGGGAGUUCCGUGACUCGGGAAUUCCGUCUGUGCUGCCGGACGUUCCCGAAGUUCUUUCGGAGGAGAGGAGUGGAGACAGACCUUAGACUGAGGGUGAUGGACACUCCUCCUUUAACUACUGGAGAGAGGGAUGGAGAGAGGGAUGGAGAGAGGGAUGAGGAGGGGGAGAGAGAUAUGGAGGGAGGGAGGGUGAGAGGGACAGAGAGAGGACUGGGGGCCAGGUUAAGUGAAGGGGUCCACGUUGUAGUAUUGGUGGCGAGAGCUGAUGUUCCUCUACACAAUAAACACCUCGUCCAACACGCACAGGAGCUGUUUGGUGCUAGCUUGAGCAGCCAUGCUCUCCUGGCGCUAACACACGCUGACCAGCUGAAGGAGGCGGGGCUCCGGAGGGCAGAGUAUCUAACACUGGCUUCUGAUUCGCUGAGAGCUCUGAUUGAUGCGGUGGGAGGCCAAUACCACUACCUGGAUGGUUCAUCUGGUUGGCCAGAAAUCGAGGGGCGACCACUUAGAGACAAACUACUGCAGUUGUCAGCUCGCAACUCAUACGCAACGCUAGCCAUCCCACACACAUACCCCUAGAUGUACACCUAUCACAACACAGUUACUAUACAACUACACAACACACAUACCCCUAGAUGUACACCUACCACAACAGUUACUAUACAACUACACAACAGACAUAUCCCUGGAUGUACACCUAUCACAACACAGUUACUAUACAACUACACAACACAAAUACCCCUAGAUGUACACCUACCACAACAGUUACUAUACAACUACACAACACACAUAUCCCUAGAUGUACACCUAUCACAACACAGUUACUAUACAA